UCUGCUUGAGCGAGGGGUUGGACUAGAAGACCUCUAAGACCCCUUUCGAUUCUGUUAUUCUGAAUUCUGCACAGACCAAACGACAAGAAAGAUCCAAGGAAGACCAGAAAAGAGACAGGGGGAUUCUGGGAGUUGAAGUCGACCCAUCUUCAUGAGGCUGAGGCUGAGGAACAGCAAACGCACCAGGGAUCGGCGUCCCUCCGUCCAUCGAUACUCUUUCCUUCUUAGCCUCUUGUGGAAUGUUCUCCAAGGUCCCUCUUGGAAGACAAUGCCCGCCAUCCAUUUCUAGAACCUUCUCUACGGUAACCGGAACGCCGCUAACCAAUCAGGGUAGCCAGAAGGCUUAAACGUGACUAUGGCAUCAUCGGAACUUUGGUGCGAUCCAGUCAAGAGUGAUUCCGGUCAACGCCUUCAGGUCUUGGAGGUUGCAGCCCAUUAAUCCCUCUGAUAUUGUCACAGGGAAGCAGUCUUGUGGGUGCUCCUAUCCUAGACGCGACAGGGUGAAGACAGGUGGAUCCCGACAGGAUCCCCCAACCUCCACCCGAUCCUCUCUCAACCAAGCUCAAGUUCCUCUUCCAGAUCUCUUUGGGGAAAGGAACACACAAAGCGGGAGGAACGGUUGAUCCUUUCUGUCGAAGGUUCCUUGUGGUUUUUCCGACCAGGGGUCCCACGAGACGUGGUCUACUCCACCGUCCUCGGCGACGGAUCCUUCUCCACCUCUGAAGUCUUAACCGGGAGCCGAGAUCGAAUCGACCAAUCGCCGGAAGGGGAUCUCCCCGGCAAAGGAGCUUUCCGCCAUGGUGGAACAUUCGACCUCCACGCCGUACGUCUCGGUGAUGGACCAGUACGGCUACCAAAUCGGCAAAGCCAUCGGGCACGGCUCGUACGGGACCGUCUACGAAGCUUACUUCUCCAAGCAGAAGUCCAUGGUGGCCAUUAAGAUCAUCUCCAAGAAGAAGGCCUCGGAGGAUUAUCUCACAAAAUUCUUACCCAGGGAAAUACAGGUCAUUCUCGGUGUGAAUGGUUCAGGGGGUGCGGCCAGCCAGCCAUCGCUACGGGUUCGGCGACCUUGAUCAAAUUUCCACCAACGGUUCGCACGAACCGGUGCGAACCGGAUGAAUCCCUCCUCUGAGGUGUGGGUGUGUGUUUGUGUGCAGGCGUUUAUCUCCUGAAAGUUGUGAAUCGCUUGUAAACAUCUACCUUCGUACCUUUAGAGGAACCCCUGUAAGGUAGCCCUCAAUUUACAACAGUUUGUUUAGUGACCGUUCAAAGUUACAACAACAUUGAAAAAAAGAGACCAGUCGUCGGCCAAAAUGACUGACGACCGUUUUUCUCACUUACGACCCUGGCAGCCGUAGUCACGUGAUCAAAAUUCAUACACCUGGCAACUGGCUCAUAUUUAUGACGGUUGCAAUGUCCCAGGGUCCCGUGAUCCCCUCUUGCGACCUUCUGACAGAGCGACGUCCAAUAGGGAAGCCAGAUUCACAUAACAGCCACGUUCCACUUCACGACGGUGGUGAGAAAUAUUGUUAAAAUGGGGCAAAACUGGCUUAAAUGUCGGGCUCGCUUGUGGAGGAACGUCGGGCUCGCAGGAACGUCGCAGGAACGUCGUA